AGUCAAAUCAAGUCAUAAUUUAAAACUUCUUGUCUGGRUUGAAUGCAGCCGUCGACAUCAUGGACUUGCUGCAACUCGUUGCUCUUAUCAUCCUUUUUGUUCUCGCUUUCUACUGGCUGGGUACCUACAAGUUUGCAGUCAUCAAGUCCCUCAACAUCCCUGGCUCAAAACCCUGGCCRUUUSURGGUAACAUCCCAGACAUCUGGAAAUUUGGUAGUCUUUUCGAAUUGUUUCUUGAGUACCGAAAACGAUAUGGAAAGGUAUUUUAUGUCUGCAUUGGACAAAAAACCUUGAUAAUUGUCGCUGACCCCGAGUUACUGAAGUUGAUGGCAGUCAAGGAGUUUGAUAAGUUUCGCAACCGCUCAAUUCCUUUUAAGCUACCUCCUCCAUCCGGCCUKGGUGUAGCUCAAGCUUCCGAUGGCGACUGGAAACGUAUUCGAAAUACAUUGACUCCUACAUUUAGUGGUGCAAAGAUGAGGCAAAUGGUCCCAAUAGUUCAGCAGUCGUGUGAUGUUUUACUCCAGAAAUUUCGAGAAGAAGCUGAUAAAGGAAAGACCGUCAACAUUAAUGCAUUCUGCCAACAGUAUGUCUUAGAAAUCUUGAUGUCCAGUGCAUUUGGAAUGGAAACAAACGUCCAAACCGAACCCCAAAAGGAACUGGUCGAKAAAGUGCAAAAGCUCGUAAACACUAAUCCCUUAUAUAUGAUUCUAAAUUCUCUCCCAUUCUCUUCCCACGUUAGAAGGCUCCUUGGUUUUGCCUAUAAGGCGCGUUUACCUAUGCGGUAUAUGCACGAAAUCGCGUAUCAAAUAAUUGAUCAAAGAAAGAAACGAGGCAUUGACAUUGGAAGAAAGGACCUGUUACACUUGAUGUUAACGACCAAGGAUAGUGAAGGCCACCGKAUGCUGACAGACGAUGAGAUAUCUGCACAGUCGGUAACGUUUCUGGUUGCAGGUCUCCACACCACUAGCACGCGAUUGAAAUAUGCUCUAUAUCACCUUGCACGUUUUAAUGAUUUGCAAGAAAGGUUGUACGACGAAGUGGAAAGCGCUUUUCAAGCAAAUCCUGACAAACCGAUCUAUGAUUUAGUUCAAGACAUGGAGUAUCUCAACUGUUUCUUCAAUGAAGUGUUGAGGGCGAGUGAUAAAACGGUAACCCUACRCAUCAUGCGUGAGUGCAAUGAAUCCUGCACACUCAAUGGUAUCCAUUUCCCAGCUGGAAUACCAGUGCUAUUUGCCUACAAUCUCAUAAAUUUUGAUGCCGAUUUCUGGAGGGAGCCAUUCAAGUUUGACCCUGAAAGAUUUCGUGGACCYGYAAAGGAGCAACGACAGCCCAAUGUGUUCAACCCUUUCGGGAUAGGCCCUCGCAACUGCAUUGGAAUGCGUUUGGCGCAGAUGGAAAUCAGGAUCACAAUCGCUCGUCUUGUGAGGGAGUUCAGGUUCAUGUUGUCACCAGAGGCUAAAUAUCAGCAGAAUAUUUUCCCUCCGAAACUUGUUGAACUGAGAGUUGAACACCGGCUCAAAAAGUAAAUGCAGCUUUUCUUCAUAUCUGGAUUUGUAAACUCAUGAUACUAUWUACUCAGUUUUAACAAUAGCUUCUCUUGAAUGCAUAAACAUAUCUUGGAUCCGGGACAACAGUUAUUCUUGGUUGAUAGGCAUCAUGGGUACCAAAAUGUUUAGCUGAGUAGAGUAUGUCAAGUCAACAUGAGAUAAAUUGACAAUAUACACUAUACACGGUAGUUUAAAAGAAUAGACUCAUUAUAACUUUGUUCAAAACACCUUUUAUUGAUAGUCUCACUCAGAGCCAGUGACCGAUAAAAAGACCGAUAAACUGAUUGGCUGUAACCAACAUGAUUUAAUGUGGAAUAGUACACAUAUUUUGAAAUGAAUGAAUUCCGUAUUGUUGAUGAAUGACAUAGUUAAAUUUAGUCUGUAAAGCAGCAAUUUCGAUGGUAAUAAAGUUCUUUUUAUAAAA